CAUCUAAAAAAGAAGAAACAACCUACGAGAAAAAGGACGAUAAAAAUUCAGAAACUUUUUCUUCUGACCCUUGUUCUCUCUAAUCGAUUGCUCAAUCAUUUUCUUCACAGUUGGGUUGAGUUUGAAAAAAGGUAAAUUCAGAAAAUAAAAGCUGCAGAAUUUGAAAUCUGAGUAUCGCUGUGUGUGCGAAGAAGAGUUUUUUUUUUGGGGUUAGUAAUGGCGAAAGCAGGAGGGAUCACGAACGCUGUAAACGUAGGAAUCGCAGUUCAAGCGGAUUGGGAGAAUCGAGAAUUCAUUUCACAUAUCUCUCUCAAUGUUCGUCGUCUCUUCGAAUUCCUUGUCCAAUUCGAAUCGACCACAAAGAGCAAGUUGGCGUCUUUGAAUGAGAAAUUGGAUCUGUUGGAACGUCGCUUGGAAAUGCUGGAGGUGCAAGUGAGUACCGCGACAGCUAAUCCUUCUCUGUUUGCUACGUAAAACACGCAUAGCUGAUAUCUGUUGCAAUUCGAAAUCGUAACCGAGUCUGAGCAUUUGGCUUGCUUGGAAGAAGCAUCUUUUGUUAAAUGUGUACCAUUGAAUGAUUCUUUUCUUUCUUCCCAUAGCUGAAGUAAGUCAAUUAGUAGCUUAAAAUAUGAAUCCUUUCAUAAAUCUGUGUAUCUUUUGUCUGUCCAUUAUGAUCUCUUUUGAAUGACAAAAUCAUUUCAUUAAAACUCUUGGGAGUUCUGCUUCCUUCUGCUGUCGAUUUAUAAACUUUGCGAGGUUCCCAAUUU